CUGGGCCGGGCGACACCACUGCCUGAAAACCCAUCACAGGCUUUCGAGAACUCUAGGAUUAUUAGGGCGACGCCACCUACAAGACCGUUGGCCGCAUCGGCCUGUACGUCCGUGGGCCGAUGACAGUUCGCACAACCGCCUUUCUACGCAAAUUUGGGGGGGCCGUGUCUUCGGAGCCAUCAUCCCGCAUGAUUCUUCAAAAGAGCCGGAGGAGUCGAUCGCGGUUACAGCGACCGAGGCUCCGACAGAAAAAGGAUUACGAAACAGUGGUGGAGCAGGGUACCACCACGGUCUUUUUUUUUUUUUUUCCUUUUCUGUCUUUCUCUCCGGCUUUUCUCGCGUGGCAUCCGAGAACAGGGCGCGGAACAGAUGAACCCACCCCGCAAGUCCAUGGCCCGUCCGCCAUACAUCUUCAGCCUGAAAAAGCCACUAUCCACGAGGAUUUCCUUUCUCCACUGUUGUCCUGCACCUUACUUUCUCGCCCCUUCCCGGGGCUGGAGCUGCUUCCUGCUCACCGCCGCCCCACGUCGGUCCGGGGCUCAUACGAGAAUCUGGCCAUGACAGCACCAGCGGCACCGGUCUAUGAGACUCGAGCCGCAGUGUCCAUUGACGCAGAUGUUCCAUCCGGAUAACGUCUCCCGGCUCGUUCGCCCCCUUCCCCUCCAAGGUUCAAGAGGGAAGGACGCGGGUGUGCCUCCUUUCCGCUUCCCAAUACCAUUCCCCGGGUCCUGCCUUCCUCGUCUCCUUCAAAAUCCUAUUUUCCCAGAGCAGACGGCGAUUAUGUAGAGAACUCGGUCUUCUUCCUCACAAGCGUACCCCCUUCCCUUCGGAGGGUCCAACAAGUCCUCAAGUCAGAAGCCAGUCAGCCUCGGGUGGGAGAGUCGCACGUCGAGUGUCGCGGCUCCGGAGUCGUUUGGCGUGAUCAUCGUGCAGUUGCGCUCUCUGCCCUCUACCAGUUUUUGUCUGCCCAUGAGUAUCCCGGCUUGUCCUUUUGGCUGCGCCCUCCCAGUACCACCGGGACGUCACAUGAUAGGCGACUCC